AUGGAUCCUCCACCAAGCGAGACUUUGUUCGUGACGGGCUUGCCCCUUGACAGCACCAAAGAGAGCGUGAACCAGAUCUUCAGCCAGUACGGUGCAGUCAAGGAGACCACAGUGCUUCCGGUACUGGCAGGCAAGACUGCUGCGGCGGCCUUCGUCAUCAUGAACACAGUCGAGGAUGCAACAUGGAUCACUCAGAAUGUCAACGGCAACGUCCCCCAAGGCCUGACAGAGAAAGUGACAGCAGUUUUUGCCACACCGCGAGAGCAGCGCAAGGGCGGUGGCAAGGGCAAAGGCAUGAAGGGAAAGGGCAUGGAUCCCAUGAUGGGUAUGAUGUCCAUGAUGAUGGGCGGUGGCGGUUGGGGCGGCGGUGGAUGGGGCGGUGGUGGCUGGGGAGGAGGCAGCUGGGGCAAAGGAGGUGGCGGUGCAUGGGGUGGUGGUGGAGGUGCUUGGGGUGGCGGCUACGACAAAGGGGGCGGCAAGGGAGCCAACGGUUAUGGGCAAAUGGCCAUGGGCGGCGGCAAGGGCAAAUGGUGA